UUAAACCCAAAACCCUAAAGCCGUUGACUUUCUUGUCAAACCCACACAACACCAAGUCACCACUACCCUUCUCUUUCUUUCUCUCUCUCCUCCGUCAACAGUGGUCCAUUCCACUCCACUCCAAAAACCUCCCAAAAAUCAACAACAAUGGAACCUCCAUUCUCUCACAAACGCCACCACUCUCACUCACACUCACACUCACACUCAAACCCAACAUCAUCAUCGUCAACAACUCCACUCUCUCAGCAACAACCUAAAACCUCCAACAACGUAGUAGGAGUAGGAGAAUCCUUAUUUCGCAUCCUCUGUCCCGCCGAAAAAGUCGGCGGAAUCAUCGGAAAAGGCGGCGCCGUCAUUCGACAACUCCGAGAACACACUGGAGCUCGUAUUCGCAUCGUCGACGACCUUCCCCCUUUCUCUCGUUGUGAUGAGCGCGUUAUUCUCGUCGUCGCCGAUUCCAAAAACCCUAACCCUAACCCUAAUUCUUUGGAGGAGAGAGAAGAUGGUUCUCCUGCGCAAAUUGCGCUGUUGAAGGUGUUCGAGAGGAUAUUGAAGGUGGAUGAAGAGAGGAGUGAGAAAAUUGAGGAGAAGAGUGAGGAUGAGAGGAGAGAGAAUGUGAGUAAUAGUAUUAAUGGUGGAAAUGUUGUUUGUAGAUUGUUGGCGCCGAGUAAUCAAGUAGGUUCUGUUCUUGGAAGGGGAGGAAAGAUUGUUGAGAAAAUUAGACAAGAGAGUGGUGCGCAAGUUAGGGUUUUGCCAAGGGAGCAUCUUCCUCUUUGUUCUUCACCUGGUGAGGAGCUUAUUCAGAUCGUAGGAAAUUUUCAAGCUGUAAAGAAAGCUCUUUUGUCAGUUUCAAGCUGUCUUCAGGAACACCCCAGAGCUGAUAUGUUUCAAGGAGCUAAUAUUGCUAGCCAAACAGAUUCUUUUCCUCACCGAGGCUCACAUGCUGCCGAUCAUCACUCCAGGAGUUUCACAACUGUGUCAGCUUCUGAAAAUGUUGGACAUAACCAUAGGAUGAUUCCAGAAGAUGAUAUCAUUUUUAGAUUGCUAUGCCCUGCUGAUAAAAUUGGUAGUUUGAUAGGAAAAGGUGGGUCCAUUGUGCGGUCAAUUCAAAAUGAAACUGGGGCAUCCAUCAAGAUUGGUGAUCCUAUUGCUCCUGAUUCAGAUGAGCGGGUUGUAGUCGUAUCAGCGCAUGAGAGUAUGGACCUGAAACGCUCUCCUGCUCAGGAUGCUGUCAUUCGUGUGCACAGCAGAAUAGCAGAGGUUGGAUUUGAACCAGGUUCUGCCAUUAUUGCCAGGCUUCUUGUCCAUUCACAACAGAUAGGUUGUUUGUUGGGUAAAGGAGGCCUCAUUAUUGCUGAAAUGCGAAGACUUACUGGUGCUAGUAUUCGUAUUUUUGGCAGGGAACAAGGCCUGAAUCUAAAUACCCAAAAUGAUGAACUUGUGCAGGUCAUUGGGAGUGUGCAGUCAGUCCAGGAUGCUUUGUUUCAGAUCACUAGUAGGCUUCGGGAGAUUAUAUUUCCACCGAAACAACACGUUUCUCAUGUUAGUAGCUCGCCGUACUUCUCUGCCUAUCAGGAGUUGCCAUCUCCUUCAUUUCGGCCUAGACAUGAUCAAACUUCCCCAGGUCAUUACCAUUCGCCAGCUGAAAUGCCUCAUACAUAUGACAACCGUUCUACUGGUCAAGGGCAAGCUCAUCUGUCCUUUCCACAUGAUAUGGAUAGAACUGAUGGAGCUAAUGGUGAGAAUGAGCGGCAUCAUUAUGGUAGUGAUAGAGCUUAUGGCCUGUCAUUUGAGAGGCCCUCUUCCCCUAAAACGUGGCAUCCCCAGGCAGUUGAGUAUGGGAAUCCCAGCAGGUUUUCUGAUGCAGGUCCUGGGCCUUCAAGUAUAGCUAGUAAGAUAGAAAGUUGUCAGAUGCCAAUGGUGACAUCUGUAGAAGUUAUAGUUCCACAGAUAUUGCUUCCACAUGUCUAUGGAGAAAACAAAACUAAUCUCGGUCAUAUAUUACAGUUUUCUGGAGCGGAGGUAAUUGUUCAUGAUCCAAAGCCUGGGGCUAGUGAAGGUCGGGUUGUAAUAUCAGGGACUCCGACACAGCAGCAUGCUGCUCAAUGCCUCGUUCAAGCCUUCAUUCUCUGUGGUCAAGCAUUUUGAGAACCCUAGUGCAACCUGCAGAUAAGAAUCGGUGAAGAAGGUGAGAUGUACAUUUUUUUGUGCUUACAUUAUUGUUAGAUAUCCUCAAUUUUGUUUGUCAGAGUUGAUAUUUGUUAGAAAAUGGAAGCCAAAUCUCCAAUAUAUUGAUUAUUUACAUAGAUCUCAUAAAUUGGCCUAUUGUGUCUCCAUUCUUCUAUGUUUUGUGUACGCCUCUAGCUCCGGCAUUUUGAUGUAUAGUUUCUAUAUUUUAAUACGAUUUUAGUAUGUGUUUGUUA